CGCAGAGUGUGUGAGCUGCGCAAGAAGUCGGGCCUUCGAGAGCCCAAACCUGCAUUCCUUUACACGUUGGAGGGCUGUGACCGUGCCAUGAAGGCACGACAAGUGGGCGAUUGGGUGCAGGGGAAUGAGGAGGCGGCGGGCCGUCAACAACGAAAAACCAAAGGCAGCAGCACCCGAGCCCCAUGAAGCAGGGCCAACGCGCAAGGGGAAAAAUAAGGAAGGAGAUAAUGAAGCACCGCCGAAGAGGAAGAGGGGGCAGCCUCCUCUUUCACCUGCAAAGAAGGCUGGAAAAGCUGCAAAGAAGUCUGUAGAAGAGGAAGAGGUUGCGGCCAAGGCAGCAAAAGCAGCCGAUGCUGCAGAGGCGACAAGAUGCAACAGCCGCGACAACGAGGGGCGUGUGCUUCGAGUCAUGGAGGAUGACGACGAAAAUCCAUAUAGCAACGCCACAAUGCAGUCUCCGAAAUCAACGUCAUCGUCCGAAGGAAGCGCCCAAUCGUCAUCAUCCACGUCAUCAUUGAAGGAGGAUCUCGAGGAGGAGAGGUUGCAGGAGGACUCUAGCAGGAAGCAUGAGUCAAGGGAGGAGGCAAAGUAGCCCGCACAUUGCAUAGAUUCGAUCGACCAGGCCUGUCAGGGUAGUGUUCGCAUUGUCGUAUGUUUCUAAAGGCCAAACUUUUAACAAUCUGAAGUGUCCUCUGUGCUCAGCACAUUUUCUAAAUUCUGAUGAACAUUUCUGAAAUUUUAAGUUUUUCUUACUCUUUUUUUGAAGUUUUCUAAUUCAUGUGUUCUUUAGAAUUUGUUUUGCAACUUUCAUUUCAGGUUGUUGAAUUGUUUGAAGUUUGACUUUCAUUCAAAUAGCAAUGAGAGCGAAUGAACGCUGCAAAAUGUG